AAAAGGAUAGUGUUAUUGUCAAUUCAAGCUUUUUUUUGUGUUUGAAGUGUAUUUUUGUAAAUCACCAACAUGACUGUCAGCCUAGAAGAAUACUUUAGGACCACAUUUGAGGAUAAACUCCUCGUUAAAAUGCCAGAGCGUGAAGAUGACCAUCUCACACCGGCCACCAGAUUGUUGGAAAAGAGAAGGGAGAUGGCGGAAGUGGAGCAAGCUUUGGCAGCUCAAAAAGAGGAAUUUCAAAUGAAAAUGGAAAGUCUACAACAGAGACGUGAAGAACUAGAGAGAAAAGAAUAUCAACUGAAAGAAUCAUUGUUAAAAUUUGAUAAAUUCUUAAAGGAAAAUGAUUCGAAAAGAGCCAGAGCUGUAAAAAAGACAAAUGAUGAAAAAGAUCUGAGAAACCAGAAAGAUAAAGAAAUUUCAAGAUUAAAGGAUGAAACACAGAAUAUAGCAAAAGCUAAAGAUAAAUUGCAGAAGAAAUUAGAAGCAUAUACAAUAUAUCAUGUUUAUAUGGAGAAAUGUCUAGAAUCUGGUGAAGAGUUCCAUGAAAUGAGGGAUAUUAUAGCUAGAUAUGACACAUUAACUGCUACACAUCAGGAUUUGGUAGAAAGAGAACAGAAAAAUCAAGAUGUUAUAGAAAGUCAUAGACAAGAUUUAAUGAAGUAUAUAGAAUCUAAAGAUAAUGAAAUUCUCAGUCAAAAUAACCAGUUAUCAGGUUUACAAACACGUCUUGAUAAAGCACAAAGUGAAGCUGUCAAAUGGGAAUCAAAAUGGACGCACAUUAAAAAUACAGCGGCCAAGAAGACUCUGUUACUGGGUAGAAUCAAAAUGGCAACACACAAUUUACAUCAGUUAGUUAAGAAACAUCAAAAACAAACAGACCAAGUAGAGGAUACAUCCGAACAACUAAAUCAAAUUGAAGUAUUUGUAAAAGAUUUAGCACAGAUUACCUCAGAAAUCAAGAAAAUGGAUUCAACUGCAGGCUCAUAUGUUCCACCCUCAUCCAGUUAAUGGAAAAUCGUUUAAGUUUAUGAUGUUUCUGUAUAUAUAUGUUGUAUAUUUGUAUAUUUUUUGUAUAUAAUUGUACAAGCUGUACAUAUUUAUAUCUGUGAUACAUAUAUUAAAUCAAAAUAUUGGAUUAA